AAUUUAUUUCCUGUUCUGCAGCUCAGAAACGGAGCGACGGAGGAGACGGACAAGUCAUGAAGGACAAGGAGAAUUGACUGGACCUACUCCCUGUUCUCCUCUCCAGGAGGAGGAGGAGGAGGAGGAGGCACCAUGGCUGAGCCCCUGCUGAAGAGAACCUUCUCCAGACUCAGAGGAAAAGAAGGAUCCAGAAGAAAAACCGAGCCGAAACUGAGCAAUGUUCCCGUCAAGUCGUCCUCUGUUCUCCCGACGACCUCGCCACCGUUGUCACCAUCGAUGACAACAUGGAGAGUUGCGACGCUUGCGGACCCCGACCCCCCUUCACCGCCACGCAACCACAUCACAGUUGCUAAGAAACAGCAGUGGGUGAAGCAGGGGUCUGCGGCGCCGUCCACAAGCUCCACCCCCAGGCCCUUAAAGCUGGACUGCCCAUCAGGGAUAUCCCAUGAUGCUCUUGUGACGACCUGUGGCCAGAAGCUACUGGAAGAUAAGGCAGAGCAGUGUGGUGACGGGAAGUUAAUCUGUCUGACCUGGGACAUCACCAGCGCCCCCUGUGUUCCUGUCAGUUCUACAACAAUACAACAGGAAGCCUCACAGCCAGCAGGGGGCUCCACUGUUGUCACCACCCCCUCCAUCAGCACCAAGCGAUCGGGCCAGCACGCCUACCUGCAGAGCCUGGAUCGCAGUAGCCGAGCCUGGGUGCUGUCUUCAGGAAAGUCCCAGGCUUCAGAAGAUGUGUGCGGCCCACAGGAGGACAGCGGCAGCAACAUCUGGUACAACCCGAUCCCCGAGGAGGAGGACGCAGGGAAUCCACGCAGGGAGGAGGAGAUAUGGAGGAGGAGGGAGGAGGGAGGAGCCACAAAGAGGGUGGGGCCAGCAGAUACCAGAGAGCUUGGAGGUUUGUGGGUCGGGUGGACAGAGGAGGGAGCGAGUCUAAGUGUCAGCCACCAAACUGACAUCACAGCAGACGACACAGACUCUAAUCCUGCCUCCCAAAAUAAAGGAGGCGUAUCCGGCAGUGUGAUUGACAGACUGAGGUCUCCUGGUACUGUAAGGAAACUUUCCCUAAAGAUGCGGAAACUUCCAGAGCUACGACGCAAACUCAGCCUUCGUUCAUAUUCCCGCGCUCAUCGCCAGGGAAACGACCAGAAUGUGAUCAGCAGAUAUCACCUGGAUAGCUCCGCCCCCCCUGCUCGCCCGGUGCGACAAUCGUCCAGGCGACGCUCGGCGAGUAAAGGAGGCCAUCUUAGUGAUGGGGAUUCCCCUGAACUGCUCCCACGGCAACAAGGUCCCAAACCUGCAGCUUUCCAGGAAACGGCCUGUGACGUCAGUUCGUUCCGCUUGUACCUGGGCUCUGAUCCACCACGAUGCAGCCAGCGGGUUACGGGUUUACUGACCGUCCACCUGCUGGGCCUGGAGGAGAUGAAGACCAGGUCCGAGGGCAGUAAGGAUCUGUUCCUCGCCAUCCAGGUGGACGGCGUGACGAGAGCCAGGACCGCCCUCCUGAACCUGCGAAGCUCCGCCCUCUCAUUAAACCACACCUUCCACCUGGAGCUGGAGCGAGCACAGCAGCUCCGCAUCGUGGUGCUGACACCAGCCAAUCCUCAGGCAGCGGGCGGGUCUAAAGCAGGGUGUGAUGGAAGUCAGACAUCAUGUGGUCCAACCAGGAACAGAGUUUGCUGUGUGGGUGGAGUCUCCAUCCCUCCGCUUUUUAAAGGAAGUCGCAGUCAGCAGCUGUGUGUGAAACUGGAGCCCACAGGACUUUUGUACGUCAAACUGUCUCUACAGGAACAAUGGGACACAAAGAUCAGCACAGAUACUUCUCCUUCCAACGUGUUUGGUGUGGAACUGCACAAUCUGGUGGAGAAGGAAGGAUCUGCAGCUCCAGUUCCUCUACUGAUCCAGAAGACGGUGGCAGAGAUCGAACGACGAGGACUCAAGGUGGUGGGUCUGUACAGACUCUGUGGCUCUGCGGCGGUGAAGAAGGAGCUCAGGGAUUGGUUCGAGAGGAACAGUUCAGCCGUGUGUCUCAGCGACGACCUCUACCCUGACAUCAACGUCAUUACAGGUGUACUGAAGGACUUCCUGCGGGAGCUGCCGUCUCCGCUCAUCACAUCCACUCUGUACCAGGUGGUCCGGGACGCCAUGACCCUACGACCCCAACCUCAACAGGCCCAGAGUCCUGUUGAGCUGCUGUCCUGUCUGCCUCCUCCAGAGAGGGCUACCCUGUCUCUCCUACUCGACCACCUCAGCCUGGUGGCGUCCUUCAGCUCGUCCAACAGGAUGACACAACAGAACCUCGCCGUCUGCUUCGGCCCGGUGCUCCUCACCCCGACCCAGGAGGCGUGGAGGGAGGGCGGAGGAGGGAGGGCAGGAAGAGGAGGAGGGAAAGGGUUCGGUCAAGGUGAAGGGAUUGCGAGCGCGGUGGAUUUUAAACGACACAUCGAGGCGUUGCACUACCUGCUCCAGCAGUGGCCAGUGCCAACACAUCGAGUCCCGGGAGACAACCACACCUCCCCUCCUCCCUCAGCCACCAUUACCCAAGGCCAGCAGCUUCCUGUGCUGCGAUUGGCUGUGCCUCAGAACCCCGAAGGGGAGGUGGUGGUGUCACGCCGGGCUCGAGGCGGUCUGGCUCGACUGGAGAGUCCGCCACCGAUCAACAGGUACGCAGGAGACUGGAGCAUUUGUGGACGAGACGUUCUGUCAGGGCAGGAGGCGGACUACGACGAGGUGGCAGGAAGUGAGAGUGACGGAGACAGCGGCGAUGAUGAAGAGGAGAAGAAGGAGGUAUGGGUUUCAGGAGGAGGAGGAGGAGCAGGGAGAGGAGAUCUGUACGUGGACGACUUCAUGGAUUUUGACGCUUCGUUUAACUGUCGACUCAGCCUAAAGGACUUUGACACUCUGAUCCACGACCUGGACCGAGAGCUCGCCAAACAGAUCAACAUCUGUCUGUAGAGCAGAAGGAGGACUUUCAUUGUUCCCACUAGGGGUGUAACGAUUCACAAAAAUCACGGUUCGGUUCGAUACGACACAGCAAAAAAGUACAAAUGCCAGAGAUCUUUUUAUUUAAUAAUGUGUCGUAUUGUAGUAGUAGUUUUGAACUUUUACGAAGUGUGAGCUGUCUGUUGAUCCUAGCGGCUCUGAGAAUAUUAUAUUUCACAUAAUUUAAGAUGCAUUUAUCUUUUACAAUGAAUCGUUCGGAUUAUAACAUUUGCCGAACCAAACGGUUCAAUACGAAUACGUGUAUCGUUACACCCCCAGUUCUCACAUAUUACAUCUGACAUUUCUGACAAUUUUCAAAACUUUUCCCUGAAAUUAAUUUUUUUUUCAAUAAACUUGUUUUCAAAAUGUCAGAAUAUAAGGAUCAUGUGACACUGACCUCAGAUCAGCUGUGAGUUUGAACUCUGACCUUCAGGAAUCAUCAGAUUCAUUAAAGAAAAACCAUGUUUCUAUAUGAA